GGCAUUUGGCGGUCCGCAACCAGAAAUGGCGAAGUGGUGGCGCUCCGCAACCAGCAACCUGAGGGCCGUGGUGUCGAACCACCCUACCCUCAGCGCACAACCAUCGUCUCAAUUGGCGUCGUAUCAUACGAUCCAGGCGAUCCCUCGGGAGUGCAGUGGGGGCAGAGUGUCGGCCAGGGACCGAGCCCAGGGCCGAAUCCCUGCCGUUGUGCUAUCCCAGCAGCAGCUCCUCCGCCCAAAUGAAGAGCCUCAGACGAGUAGCGCGCAAACGCUCUCCAGGAAGCGCUUGGUCACCACCGAGAGGAAGCAGAUCCACUCCAUUCUCAAGUCCGUGGAGCUCCCCUUCUUCUACUCCACCACCUUCGCGCUCCAGAUCCGCGCUGGGUCCGGGUCCUCCCACCUAAUCGAAUCCGGACCUGUCCUCCCCAUCAAGAUUCAUAGGGAUGAAGAGAGUGGGAAUAUAUUGAAUUUGGUCUUUGUUUGGGCCGAGGAUGGCUCGGAGUUGAAGGUUGAUGUGCCCGUUGUUUUCAAAGGCGAAGAUGUUUGUCCUGGUCUUAAGAAAGGUGGCCAUCUCAAUAGGGUAAGAGCUAGUCUAAAAUAUCGUUGUCCAGCUGAACACAUUCCUCCCAAAAUUGAGGUGGACGUGAGCAAUCUAGAUAUUGGAGAUAGAAUACUCAUGCGUGAUGUUGAGGUUCAUCCGUCCUUGAAGCUUCUGAGUAAGAAUGAAAACAUGCCCAUAUGUAAGAUAGAUCCCACAACGUUGGAAUUCCAAAAACCUUCCAGUUUAUAGGCACCGAAGCACAAUUGGAGGACAUUUUCGGAUUUGCCCAUCAUGAAUUUAGCAGCGAGAUGCACGUCAAGAAUAAGUAUGUUGUUUUCAGCAGAUUCAUACUUGAGGGGUGCUUUUCCGGAACUUGACAUUGUUGUUUAGAAAUAGGUCGUUAAUCAGACAAGAACUGGUUCUUCUGUAAUAUUUCCGAGUAGAAUCACUGGCUUGUUUAUGUGUUGGUAAUCAAAGCUGUUGAUGUCAACUUUUUUUAUCAAUGGAAGUUUUUUAAUA